UUUGUAUCCGAUGAGGAAGUUGUCAUGAUUAUAAACGGACGUAAGGUGUUGAACGAUGUUGGGAAGGUACCAUAUCGUGCAUUGCUCACCGAUGUGUCCAUUUGGACGAGUUUAGUGAUGUUCGUUGGCUAUUAUAUUGGCAUGAUCAUUUAUCAGUUAUACAGUCCUACAUUUAUAAAGCAGGUGCUCCACUACUCCGUACGGGAAACCGGCUACUUUUCGGCGAUUCCGAUGCUAUUCGCUAUAUUCAUUAAAGUCGCUGUUGGUAAAUCAAUCGAUUACGGGUUUGGGCUGAAUCAGAAAUGGAAGCUUGCAGCACCGCUGUGCAUUCUGAGACCAAUCAGCGAUACCAUCUUUCUUGUUGGCUUUGUAAGUUAA